AUGUGUCAUAAGGAGCCAUCAACUAUCGUCCAUUUUGAGACUAUGCCUGCAUACCAAGGCGAUGACUUGAUAAAUGAUAUCCGGGUAUUGCAUCGGGUCUUUUGGAGUUAUUACCAAUGCAUUAGAGCAUUCAGACAUUGUAAGCAAUUUGUCCAGGUAGAUGGGACCCACUUGUACGGAAAGUAUAAGGGUUGUUUGUUAGUGGCAGUGUCACAGGAUGGUAACAACAAUAUCGUCCCAAUUGCAUUUGCUAUUGUGGAGGGAGAGACAUCUGAUGCGUGGCACUUUUUUCUUAGUAACCUGCGACAACAUGUUGUGACUCGGGAUGGUGUGGAGCUGAUAUCCGACCGACACGAAUCCAUCAAUGCAGCUGUGGCUCGCAGUAACGGAGCAUGGUCACCUCCUAGAGCUUUCCAUAUGUUUUGCAUCAGGCAUAUAGAGUCGAACUUCCUGAGAAAAUUUAAGGCACCGUACCUGCAAAAACUUGUCGUCAAUAUAGGAUAUUUGAGGACGGUGCGCGAGUACGAAGUGCGUUACCAGCGGUUACGAGAACGGGGCGAGGCUUACACUAACUGGUUAAAUCGAAUCCCCCGCGAGCAGUAUGCAUUAGCAUUUGAUGGUGGCUACCGAUGGGGUCACAUGACGACGAAUUUAGUAGAAUGCAUCAACUCAGUCUUGAAGGGUGCACGCAAUCUUCCCAUAACUGCACUUGUCAAAGCAACAUUCUACAGGCUUAAUGAGUUGUUCACCCGAAAAAGAUCUGAAGCGGAGGCUCGGAUUAAUGCUGGUCAUAUUUUUUCUGAGCUUGUGACCUCAAAAUUGCAUGCAAACCAACUUGCAUCAGGGAACAUUCAGGUUAAUUGCUUCGAUAGGCAGAAUGAGGUCUUUGAAGUGUGUGAGAUGCCAAGUGGGUUGGAGUAUGCCGUUGACCUUCGCCGGCACCGAUGUGACUGUGCUGAGUUCCAAGUGGACCGGAUUCCGUGUCGGCAUGUGUUUGCAUGCUGUGCAAAUCAAAGACUGGAUUGGCAAGUGUACGUCCAUGAUGUGUAUAAGAUGGAUCAAGUACGACGAGUUUACCGUGCUAGGUUUAGGCCCUUGGGGAACCCAACUACAUGA